CCAAAUGAAAAAGAAAAAAUAAAACAAAAAAUUGUAGAAACAUGGGGGUAUAGCUACCACGGUGAGUCAAGUGUAUGAAUCUCCAAGGUAAACCCAAAACCCUAGCUCUCAGCUCCAGUCAUCGGCGGCUGACCUUAGGAUACAGAACCGUAAACCCUAGAAGCCUGUGUUCUCAUAUUCAACCAUCGGAACCUUAAUCUACAUAAAUCGAAGCUGUGUCUGUAAUUCGAUUCAAAGAUGCAGCACGACGAGGUCAUAUGGCAAGUUAUCAGGCACAAUCACUGCAGUUUCAUGGCCAAAAUAACGACAGGGAAUUUCUGUCGAAACCCAUAUAACGUGACUGGGAUUUGCAAUCGGAGCUCUUGCCCUCUCGCUAACAGUCGUUACGGCACCAUUCGCGACCAUGAUGGAGUCUUCUAUUUAUAUAUGAAAACUAUAGAAAGGGCUCAUAUGCCAAACAAAUUGUGGAAAGAAAGAGUUAAGCUGCCGAGAAAUUAUGAGAAAGCCCUUGAAAUUAUUGACAGGCAUAUGAUGUAUUGGCCUAAGUUUCUUGUGCACAAAACAAAACAACGAUUGACUAAAAUGACUCAGAUGCGAAUACGUAUGAGGAAACUUGCUCUAAAAACGAGGGAAAAGAUAAUGACAACGCCUAGGAAACAGAAGAAAAGAGAGGCUAGGAGAGAGGAGAAGGCUGAAAAGGCAGCAGUUUUGGAUAAGAGUAUUGAAAAAGAAUUGCUUGAACGACUUAAGAGAGGAGUUUAUGGUGAUAUAUAUAAUUAUCCUGUAAAAGAAUACAAUAAAGUUCUUGAUAUGGACCGACUCCAGGUUGCUAGUGAAGAUGAAGAUGAGGAGGAACCUGAGAUUGAGUAUGUUGAAGGCUAUGAAGAACUUGAAGAGGAGGAUGACAUGGAGGAUUUUGGUGGUCUCGCAAUUGACAAGUCUGAUACAGAUGUUGACAAUGAUGCAGUUGGAAUAGAUGAUGAUGAUGAAGAAACAGUAGCUAUAACA